AUGCCAGUCUUCGACGAGACAGCGACCAGCGAACAGGUCAUCGAGGCCUUUUCGUCUCAAAUUAAAGGUCGCACGUUCGUUAUCACGGGUGCUGGCCAUCCUAGUAUUGGGAGUCAGAUUGCCGUCUCUCUUGCGAGAGGUGCCCCUGCGCACAUUCUAAUUGCCUCGCGCACAGGCAAGAAGGUCGACCCAGUGCUAGAAAAGAUCGCCGAGAUCGAUAGUUCUAUCAGGACUACUUUUGUUCAGGUUGACCUAACGGAUCACGAGUCAGUGAGAAGAGCAGCCAAGGAGAUACUAGCAGCAGCGCCCAAAAUCAACGUCCUUAUCAACAGUGCCGGUGUAAUGGCCAUCAAAGACUACACUUUGGAUAAGCAGGGCAUCGAAUUGCAGCUGUCAGCCAACCAUGUCGGUCACUUCUUACUAACGAAUCUGCUCGCACCCGCACUCAUCGCUGCCGGUUCCGAGCCGGGUGGAGCACGAGUCGUUAAUCUCACCAGCUCCGGCUUUUUUCUUAGCCCCUUCCGCUUUGACGACUGGAAUUACUCAGGAGGUAAAACCUACGACCAUUGGACUGGGUACGGCCAAGCGAAGACCGCAAACGUUCUAUUUAGCUACGGACUCAAUAAACAACUCGGUAGCCAUGGCGUGACCUCUACGGCUACUCAUCCGGGCUACAACAACGACACCGAGUUAGGAAGCCACCUUACUUAUGAAGACUACGCGGAGAUACCUGAGAUCGUAAAGCGAAAUACGGGUAAAGAUUGGGAAUGGGAGUCUCCCCGAUCAAAGACGUACACGCAAAUUGCUGCUACAUCACUCAUCGCAGCUUUAGACCCUGAAAUUCCCGCCAAGUCGCCGGCUUACUUGAUGAAUAGCCAGAUCCACGAGGCCGCCCCAUAUGCGACGGACCCUGAAAACGUUGAGAAGCUGUGGAAGCUAAGUGAGGAACUUGUCAAACAGAAGUUUGAGUAUUGA